AUGCUUGUUGCGGAAACUGAAUUGUGUGUUGUGGCGAUUGGAUUGUCUGUUGUGGCGACUGAACUUCUUAUUGUGGUGAUUGAAUUCUGUGUUGUGACGAUUGGAUUGACUGUUGUGGCAACUGGAAUGAUUGUUGUGAAAACUGAAUUGUGUGUUGUGGAGAUUGGAUUGUCUGUUGUGGAGACUGGACUUCUUGUUGUGAAAACUGAAUUGCGUGUUGUGGCGAUUGGUCUAGUUGGCUUUGGUAACGAGGUGAUUGUGAAUAGUGAGGCGAUGUAUGAUACUGUGUUGUAG